UAGUCCUUUAUAUAUAGUUAUAUACCACUCUCUCCAUCUCUCUCUCUCUCUUUCUCUCUAAUAGCAUAUAGCAAUUAUGGAAAGCUUCUAUGAAGAGGUUGAACAGCCAGUGAGUCCUCCAGGGCAAUAUUUCAACAGCUCAGUGAUAUGUUCAUAUGUUUUUGGAUUUCUUGAAAUAGCAGUUCCAAUUGAUGACUCACAGGCCAUAACUUUGAUUAAAGAUGUCUUCCUUCCAAUUAAUCCACGCUUCUCCUCUAUCAUGGUUACAUCCAAAGAUGGCAAAAAGAUAUGGAAAAGAGUGGAAGUGAAGCCAGAAGAGCAUUUGAAGUUUCCCAAAUUCCCAGAAAACCCUUCAAUUGAAUUCUAUGACCAAUACCUCAGUGACUAUGUUUCAAUGAUUCUAAACGAAAAAACACCACAAAACAAACCACUAUGGGAGAUCCACGUCAUAAAGUAUCCAACAACAAAUGGAAAAGGAACCAUAAUAUUCAAACUGCACCAUGCACUUGGUGAUGGUUAUUCACUCAUGGGUGCUCUUCUUUCUUGUCUCCAAAGGGCUGACGACCCUUCUCUUCCGUUGUCUUUCCCGUCGAAGACACCGGCGGGGAAGGCAUCGGAGUCAUCAGGAAAUGAAAAGAAGUGCAUGUUGAAGAGGUUGCCUUCAAUUGUGUCAUCUUUCUUUUAUUCUUUAUCUGAUUCUGGAUGGAGCAUAAUGAAGGCAAGAAUACUGAAAGAUGAUAAGACUCCUAUAAGGUCUGGAUUUGAAGCAUGUGAGUUAAAGCCUUUUACCUUAUCAAACAUAUCAUUGUCUCUUGAUGAUAUCAAAGGGAUCAAGUCCAAACUUGGUGUGACAAUAAAUGAUGUGGUUACGGGGAUGAUCUUCUACGGGCUUCGAUUGUACAUGCAAGAAAUGAAGAAGAAAAGCAAAAGAGCAGAGUCAACAGCAGUGGUGAUGCUGAACACAAGAAACAUUGGAGGGUACCGUUCAGUGAAGGAGAUGCUAAACCCUGAUUCUAAGGGUAUUUGGGGCAACCAAAUUUCUUUCUUACAAGUUUCAAUACCAAAGCUAAGUGAAGGAAGAAUCUCGAAUCCUAUUGAGUUUGUUAGGGAAGCUCAUAAAUUAAUCAAGAGGAAGAGACGCUCAUUCAGUGUUUAUGUCAUUGGCUUCAUCUUGUCUUUUGAGAUGAAGUUAAGAGGGCCCGAGGCUGUGGCCAAAAACAUUUAUAACACUUUGGAGAAUUCAAGUGUUGUUGUGUCAAACUUAAUGGGGCCAGUUGAGAAGAUGGCAUUGGCAAAUCAUCCAGUGAAUGGCUUGUACUUCACCAUGACAGGUCUCCCUGAGAAUGUAAACAUUACAAUUAUGAGUUAUGUGAACACAUUAAGAAUCACCAUGAGAACAAUGAAGGGGUUCAUAGAUGAACAAAAAUUCAAAAACUGCAUGGAGAAAGCCUUUGAAGUCAUAUUCAAAGCAGCUAUGGAGACUUAAUUAAUUCCAAGUCAGAGACCCAACACAACACAAUUUAAAGUUCAACUACUACUCUGUUCAGAUAUGAAUCAAUUAUACUCAUUUUGUACGUACAUAAUAAAUUAAAGAAUGAUGAUCAGACAUUUGAGAUGAUAUUAUUAAAUUUAUAAUGAAUGAUCAAGAUAUAUUAUC